GCUACGUAAUUCAGGAGAUUUAGACGACUGCAAAGAUGGCGUGUGUAUGGUGUUAUGGAAUGGGAGAGAUCAUCAGAUGUCCUGUCCUUAUGUUUUGAUGAACGUUUAAAACUUCUGUUGACGUUAGCUAUUAAUAUUAGCUACGGUCAGAAUGGCCCAUGGAUACCUUCGCUUGUCAAGAGGUUGCAGGAAUCUUUUCAAAGUUCUGCUGCCUCCAAACGUAACAAGCAAUGCCCGACUGGUCUCAAGUUAUGCUGAUGCCCAAAUAGCAAUCGAAAGAGGGUCUAUACUUGCCAAGGUCUUAGGUGCCUAUCAAAGCAUUUGCUCCAAACCCCCCAAAGGUUUUGAAAAGUACUUUCCUGAAGCUAAGAAUGGUCCAAAGAGUAGCGAACCUAACACAUCCAGUGGAAAUACACCCAAAGAGGCUGAGCCAGUCAAUGGACAGAAAGACACAGAGAAAUCCGGUGGAGGAGGAGCUUGGGGGGGAGGAGGUGCCUCAGGUGGAGGAGGAAAGAGAGGAGGCCGAAAGGAGGAAUCUACUUGGUAUAGCCGGCUUCAGAAGGGUGAUGUGCCAUGGGAUGACAAAGAUUUCCGUAUGUACUUCCUGGGUGGGACAGUCUUUUGGACAGUUGUCACAUACUACUUAUUUUUUCGUGAUGGGGGAAGAGAAGUUACUUGGAAAGACUUUGUCAAUAAUUACCUCUCAAAAGGAGUGGUGGAUCGGUUGGAGGUUGUAAAUAAGCGCUAUGUAAAAGUGGUGUUUUCUCCCGGGAAGACUCCUGUUGAUGGACAAUAUGUAUGGUUCAAUAUCGGCAGCGUAGAUACAUUUGAGCGUAAUCUGGAGACUUCACAGUAUGAGAUGGGAAUUGAGGGUGAGAAUCGCCUGCCAGUGGUCUACUCCACAGAGAGUGACGGCUCCUUCCUUCUGAGCAUGCUCCCAACCGUGCUCAUUAUUGGCUUCCUGCUCCUCAUGCUACGACGGGGGCCUGCUGGGCCGGGCAGACCGGGCCGAGGCAUGGGCGGUCUCUUUAGUGUCAGCGAGACCACUGCCAAGGUGAUCAAGGAUGAGAUCAACAUCAAAUUCAAAGAUGUGGCCGGCUGUGAGGAGGCCAAGAUGGAAAUCAUGGAGUUUGUGAACUUCUUGAAGAACCCCAAGCAGUACCAGGAUCUGGGUGCAAAAAUUCCAAAAGGUGCCAUUCUGACAGGACCACCUGGGACAGGGAAGACCCUCCUCGCUAAGGCCACUGCUGGAGAGGCCAACGUCCCUUUCAUCACCGUCAAUGGCUCAGAGUUCUUAGAGAUGUUUGUUGGCGUAGGCCCUGCCAGGGUCAGAGACCUGUUUGUCUUGGCCCGCAAAAAUGCGCCCUGUAUCCUCUUCAUUGAUGAAAUUGAUGCUGUGGGACGCAAGCGUGGAAGAGGGAACUUUGGAGGCCAGAGCGAGCAGGAGAACACACUGAACCAGCUGCUGGUGGAGAUGGAUGGGUUCAACACUGCAACCAAUGUGGUGGUAUUAGCUGGCACCAACCGACCUGAUAUUUUAGACCCUGCACUGAUGAGACCUGGACGCUUUGACAGGCAGAUUUACAUUGGUCCCCCUGACAUCAAGGGUAGAGCCUCAAUAUUUAAAGUGCAUCUGAGGCCCCUAAAACUGGAUCCGGAGAUGGACAAAGAGGCUCUGGCCAGAAAAAUGGCUGCCCUAACUCCUGGCUUCUCUGGUAUGCAUACACAGCUACCAUCUUCGAAGGUGACGCGAAUUUUCUUUCCACGUUGCGCUGGGUUUAAUCUCAAGACUUCAAAGAAGCAGAUAUGGAGGAAACAGAAUUAA